GCAUUAUAACAACUCGUCCAUUUAUUUAUCUUUUAACUAUGUAACGACUUAAAGGAGCAUUCGACGACGACAGUUGAAUCUCUAUAUAUGUCUGAGAAUAAGAACUUUGCGAGCAGUAGUUUCGCUUUGUUUAGCACAAAAAAGUUACCGACAGAACAUCCAUAAUCAUAAUGCAUAUUACAUAAAUAUAUGCAUUACUAAAAUCUUAUUGAAUCAAAUUUACCAAAUGCCUGAUUCGUUGAAAAAUUUUCAUUCUGAAAAUUGUCGAAAAUUUUAAAAAUAACCCUCACCAUCUUCUGUAACCCCCGUGACAUUUUGCGCUCAAGAAAGGAGUAUGAGCAGAGUCUACGAUACUAUGACUUAUCAAAAUUAUGGACUAUUCAAGACUUGGAAAAGGAUAGGUUAGAUUUGGGUUUUCCCCUACACCUGUGUUUACCUGGAUUUCCCCAGAUAAUAUAUAGACUAAUGACGUCACAACCAUAUACCGACCAGGCCAUUGGAUAGUUAUAUACGGAUAAUAGGAAUUCCCUAUUUUUGUAAACAUUGACUCGUGCAUACGGAUUGGAAUCUUUGGGUACCCAAACUAAGAAGUAAACAGCUGCAGCAUUAUGUCGUUCCGUCGUCGUACAUGAAGGCCUUUAUCGUCGUUGGAGCCCUAACAGUCGUCGUCAACGGAUAUAGAAUGGAUUCGUGCCAUGGAGACAUUGUGAUUUUCAAAGUUUGAUACUUUGACAGGUGUGACAUAAACAAUAAAUUUGAAACUUUUGAAUUUAGUGUUUAGUGUAUAAAUCUGGAUUAGAAAUAUUUUUAUGGAUUACAUAUUGAUGGAUAUACAUGUAACUGGUAAGAAGUAUUAGUUGAGAUUUUAUAAUUUUACAAACGUACUUGAUUUUGACACUAGGCUGUCAAAUUUGACAGGUGGUUCUACCCUCACGUGACUGUGUGAAUAAACACUAUAGUAUAGCAUUUGAUGUUUAUAGUUAAAAUUUAGUUAGAAUAUCUGCUAAGUGUUAUAGUUUUUGUUGGCGGCUGAUAAAUCUUUGCAAAGGUACACUUGCACAAUUAAACGUCUUACACCUGCCUUUCAAAAUAUUACCUUUCCAAUAUUAUCGAUAAAUCCUAUAGUUAAUGGUGUAUAAUCCAUUAGCCCCCGUAGCGCAGUCGGUUAGAGCGUUGUCUAGAAAAGUUGAGAACAGAUUUGAGGUACAGUAGGUGUUGGUUCGAUUCCAGCUCGGGCCUUGAAAAUGUUUUUCUGUGUCAAUAUUUUUUAAUAUUUAUUUUUGUGUGUGUGUCAAGGUAUUAUCUCAAGCAAUAAAGUAGUAUCAUACGAUAUAAUUUAAUUAUAUUGAAUGGAAAUAAAUUCAUUACCGGCGCGUACAAAUAUGUGAUCACAGCGGUAUUUUGAACACGGAGUUUUCGUACAAGACAGGUUUAUUAUUUUCUGAAGAUAUUAUUUUUUGAUUGAAUUCAGAGAAAAAUAUCUUAUAAGAAGAUAAGUAAUUUAGAACAUUGCUUUCGAUAUCAGGAAUCGGAAUAUUGUGUGAAGUGAUAAAAGUACAGUGAAUGUGAUGUGAUAUUUUGCAUAAUCAGUCGCAACUAAAGUGAACACAAACAAGCGUUAUAAAGAAAACGUGUAUAACAGUAUAGUGAUCGGUUAGUUUGGUGAAAUUUAAAGUGACAUUGUGAAAGGUUGUUGUGAACUUAGAAUAUAUAAGAGAUGGCUGAAUAUAUUUCACCGUAUGAAUUACACAGACUUAUGUUAGAAAGGAGAAGGAAACAAGCACUUCUAGAAGAAGCCAUUAAUAAGGAGGAAGAAGUAAAGGAAAGGGAGAAAAUGCUUAAACAAGAGAGUUUGAAAAACCUUCAAAUGCAAAGAGAAUUGAUAAUGCAACAAAGAAGAGACUUGCGAGUUGACAGAGAAGAUAAAGAGGAUAUGAACCCAAAUGAAGAAGAAAGUAUUUAUGACUAUUUAAGCGAACACGGUUUACCUCUGGAUGAAUUAGCAGCUGUAGAUGAGUUAGAUUUUGAAGAGGGAGAAGCACUUUGUAGUUCAACACACGAAGAAGCAAGUAUUGCGAACAGUCUUUCAGGUGUAGAAAACCCAGAAAAAGAAAUAAAUUUAUCAGGCGAAAUUGAAAGGCUUGAUAUAAUGUUACAGUCCUUCAGACAUGAGGAUGGUUUUGUAAAUGAUAAAGAUGAACAUACUGAUUCAAGAGACUUUACUGUACACAAAGAAAUAUCUACCAAUGAAAUUGGAGAUUCUUUCAAAGUAUACCCUGAACAAAUCCAUUAUCAGAAUACUGAAGCUGAAACAAAUAAAUAUGUUGAAAAAGAUCAAGUGCCGGAUGAAACUGUAUCAAACGCCAUAAGUCAUAGAAUAACUCAGAAACCAGAAAAUCCUGUAAUAGAUAGAGAUAUGGUAAACGAUAAUGUACAGACAGGAUACAGUAGAAACCAACAGAGGAGUAGAAUGGAAGAAGAUAUUGCAAAUCUAGAAGAAGAAAUAGCGAUAGAAAUGUCCGCAAAGAAACAAGAUGUUGAAAUAGAUCAAUACUCGAAAGCAACAAAAGUGAAUUACACACAGGCUGAAUUGUUGGAGAGAUGGAAAGAGUUAGGAAAAGAAUUAGAGGAAGUAAAUAAUAGACAGGAGAAUAAAGGUAGAGGACAUGUUGAAAGGUUUCAGACAGAAACAAAGAUUGGUAUAAGUACCAAAGGACCUUCACAGCCAUCAAGUCAUAACGCACAUAAACAAAGAGCAGAUAAAAGUGUUCUUAGAAAUGUUAACGAUAUAGAUAGAGACAUGUCAGAGAAACAGAACAGUCGGACAAGACAAAAUGUUAAAGUAAAAACAGAACCUGAUAGAUUAGAGGAGUUACAGAGACAAAAAGACGAAAUAGAUAGACAGUUAAGGGAAGAAACAUUAGAAAGAGAUAGAAAGUUAUUAAAGGAAAAGACGGAAAGGGAAGAGAAAAUACGACAAGUAUUAAAGAACUAUAAAGAAAAGAAAGAAAGAGAAAAGACAGAACAGGAGAAGAAAAGAGAGAAACAGAGACAAGAAGAAAGAGAAAUUAUGGCUCGUAUUGAAAGACUCAAAAUAAGAGAGAAAGAUAUAAAUAGAAAGAAAAUAGAAUCCGUAUACGGAAAUGUAAAAGUGGAGAUUCUCUUAUUCAUGAUUUCUAUUCAGCAAAACAUUCAUCAAAUGAGACUUGUACAGAUUGGGGAAUCAGAAUCGAAACACUUUUCUAUCAAGCCGUUGAUAAAGGAGAAGUCGAUGAAUCUAGAAAAGAUGGCAAACUAA